AGCCGUCGCGUUCGAAAAUUUCAGUCAACUACAGGACUUCGACUAGACAAGCUGGAAAAAGGAAAAGCUCCCAUCCGCGACAAAACUGGCAGCCUUACAUAAUGGUGAUUGUGAAAAUGAUGGUGGAAAAUUUGAAGCGUGUUGAAGUUUAGGAGCAAAAGUUAACCAUUAGUGAAAGUCCAAUAGUAUAGACGUUAGGAAUUGUUUUAUUUCUGUGCUGGAGAAUUCGUGAAACGGUAUUUUGUUCCGACCUAUAAGCAAUGUCAAGGUGUGACGAGAAGUGAAUCAGUAUAUGGCUGAAGUGGUGAACAUAGCUCAAAAAAGAGCAUUUAAUGCAAAGUUAACAACGCUUAUCAGUUUGUAACUUAUUGGCUACGGUUAGCACGUGCUACUAGAACUGGUUUCCAGCUGCGUGGAGUAAAAAUGCGACCGGAAAACCAACGACUGUACUCUAAUAAUUACCACCCACCAACAAACAACGAAAACCACAUAUAAAUCCAGCGAGGAACUACUAUCACCAAAUGUAUAUCCAAUUGACAUAGAUAUUGAAGCAGUGUCGACGACGACGACAACUGUGACACAGGACUAGGAUAAUAAUCAUCCCCAGCAGUGAGUGGAGGGCACUCGCUUGUUAACUGACGGUGGAGCGGACGGUCUGCUGAUUAAAUCAACCACCAGCAGACAGAAAGGAUGGCCGAACAGCAGCAGCGUGAUUCACUGUGUCCACGAUUGAUUGACUAUCUGGCAAUUGUGGGCGCCCGGUCGGUGGUCGCUUCUCGGCCUAGCAACGCAGCCGGGGUCCCCGGAAUGCAAGCAGCUGGACCACAUUCACCCCCACCGGUGCAGAUUCCAGAGCUGCUACGCCGCUAUCCCCCUACGGACCACGCGGACUUUCCGCUGCCGCUGGAUAUGGUGUAUUUUUGUCAGCCUGAAGGUUGCGUCAGUGUUGGUCCCCGGAGAACCGGUACGGCCGUAAGGGAUGCGACUUCAUUUGUGUUCAUGCUUACCGACAAGGAUUCGGGAAAAACUCGCUAUGGAAUUUGCGUGAAUUUCUAUCGACCUAUGGAAAAGCAUGUUCCUGGCGUUGGAGGAGGGGGCAAUCCUGCCGGUGGCAGGAAAGGGCAUAAUUCGACCUUUCGAAGAGAGUCCUGGCGAAAAAGCAUGGAGAAAAGCUCGGAUUCAGCAUUUUCAAGUGAUUAUAGAAGUAGCAAUAUAGGACCCAGUGACUCCUCGGAUCGGGAUUGUCCUAGCCGGAGAGACUCGGAUCCACCCAAUACUUCAUACUACGGAGGACCUCAACAACAGAUACGACUGGGAGUGACUGGACCUUCGGCAGAUUCGGAAUCAGGGGGAAGUCACUCGCCGUCACCUCGUGCAUCUCGUAAGCGUUCAAAAAUUCGAAGUCAGUCACUCACCACUCUUUGCAUUUUAUCACAUCAUCCAUUCCUGUCGACUUUCCGAGAGUGUUUGUAUAUUUUGAAGAAGCUUAUUGACGCGAGCAAUGACGCUUCAAGUCCGAAACGAGUCGGAGGCUCACGUCAAAGCGGACGGGAUAGUGUGUGGAAUGUCCUAACGAGUCAAGUUACGGACUCUACGCCGUCGGUUGUACUCCAUGACGUGAAGGAGAUUGAAACAUGGAUUUUGAGACUGUUAUCGGCACCAGUUCCUGUGCCUGGUUCUACCAGGGUGGAGGUUGAAGUGCUGUCACCUGCGAUUCAUCAACCUUUAGUCUUUUCACUUCCGGAUCACACCCGGUUCUCAUUCGUGGACUUUCCACUUCACCUGCCCUUGGAGCUACUCGGUGUCGAAACGUGCCUCAAAGUGCUAACUCUGAUCCUACUCGAGCACAAAAUCAUCAUUCAGUCACGGGAUUAUAAUGCUCUGUCGAUGUCCGUGAUGGCUUUAGUAAAACUAAUUUAUCCUUUGGAGUAUAUGUUUCCUGUGAUUCCGCUGUUGCCGACCUGUAUGGGAAGUGCCGAACAGCUACUGUUAGCACCAACUCCCUUCAUAAUCGGGCUUCCCGCUACGUUCCUACUUUAUAAGAGGAAUUUCAGACUUCCCGACGAUGUAUGGCUGGUGGAUUUGGACUCGAAUCGACUGACCCCCGCUUCGGGGGAUGCUGAGCAAAUUCCAGCUUUGCCAGAACCGGAAGGAACUGUACUAAAAAACCAUUUGAAACAGGCUAUGCAACUGAUGGAUCAAGCAGGAGUCGGUGCGUUGAGUUCCAUGACAACAAGUCACCAAGUUGCUUCAGCACAGCCCGGUCAACUCACGCAACCAGGAUCGAAUCGUGAAAGUUUCAGUGGACCUAACACCGCACAUCAAACUUUUCCCCAGCCUUUACAAGUGCCCGGAUCUACAAGCAAUAGUCAACGGAGUUCAUUCUCCGGAGCCUCGGGGACACCCCGUCAACCAAGUCCUGUUGGACAAACUCCACCGAAUCCGUUUCUUUAUGGCACCGAUGUUGACUCGGUAGAUGUAGCGACCCGCGUCGCUAUGGUUCGGUUCUUCAACUCACAAAACACGCUAGCCAACUUUACGGAACAUACGCGAACGCUUCGUUUAUAUCCCCGUCCGGUGGUGGCGUUCCAAAUCAACAGCUUUCUACGUUCGCGACCAAGGGCUUCCAAUUUCCUCAAUAAAUUUGCACGAACACAAGCCGUUGAGUGGUUAGCAGAAUGGUCGUUAACUCCAACAAACGUAGCCUUCUUGAGGGUUCAAACAGGAGUGCUAGAUCCAGGGCAGGUCGGCGAUAAACCAAAAUGGUACUCACACACUCUGACACCUAUCAAAUUUCCCGUAUGGGAUGAUAACGGAUCACUCAAUGGUGCCCUCAAGAGUCUCCAGCAACAUGAAAGUCAACCGACCGACGAAAGUGGAUCUGAUUCUGAGGCAGCAGAAAGCACCAGUUCUUCGUAUUCUUCAUUGAGUGACUUCGUUUCGGAGAUGGUUUCCUCGGACCUUUCACCUAGCUUACACGAUGUCUAUGGAAACCAGCAUCACGUGCACAUAGCGCCCAAAACCAUGUCAUCGAAUCUCGAUCCGAAGCUGGUUUAUCGACCGCCGAGUUCCUUGCGCUAUCCGGAAGGUAUGAAACCCAUCAAACCCGAAACUGACGAUGUCGAUCGCCCGGAUUCUCCGGCAUCGAGCUCCUCGAGCCGUUCGGAUCUCAGCAGUCCUAGCUUCAAUCGAGAUUCGGAGUUUGAAUUCAAUCCAAAGGCACGUAGUGAAGCACAGGUGAUUGCUAAACCGGUAAAAGAGUCUCAAGGGAGCUUCGAAAAUGAGUCGGAUUCAAAUUCGACAACCACGCCAAAAACUAUAGUAUCGAAAGAGAGUGGAGGAUCGUUAGAUACGGAUCCGAAGAAAGGUAGGCUGGGAAAGAUUCCUCCUCCAUUAUCCCCGAAUCUUGCAAAACAGCACAGUGGAAGCAAUAUUCUAGCUAGAACUUCAAGUUCCGGUUCAACCGGAUCGAGCAGUCAUCCUCCCUCUCUGGGAUCGGCUGGAUCCCAGCGGCAAAGCUCACAAGGCUCUCUGUUUGAAGUAUUGACCACGCAAGCGAAGGAGUUGGUUCGUGAAACUACACGGCAAAGUAGCCAGGACGGGUUAUUGGCCCACGUAGACAAGAUCAGGGAACAAGCCAAGGAGUUCAAAGAACAAGCCGGCGAAGAAAUGAAAAUUCUUGCUCCUCUGGAACAGCUUACUUUACAAGCAAAAAAGGCAGCAGAGGGAGCUUCAAAGCAGGCUCUGGAAGCAUCCAAGCAUGCCGCUGAUGCAAGUAAAAAUACCUUCGACGAUUUGACCUACGUAGGAAAGUCUACACUGGAUGAUUUGACGAAAACCGCCAAAGAAGCUGCCACCAAGAAAGGUCUACUACAUCAGACCGGUCCGCAGAGCUCCCAGCACCCGCAAAACGUAUUACCAUCAGGAAGUGCUAUUGCAACCACAAAUCAGUCCCUGUUUUCGUCGAUUACUAGUGACUUUAACGGAAUCGCCCAGUCUACAUCGAGUAUGUUCUCAGAUUUAUUCAGCACCAAACAGAACAAGCAGGCCGGUCAACAGUCAGGACAAGCGCGUACCACAACCGGGAAUCAACCAACGAAUCAGAACCAAUCGCAGAACAAGAUCAAAGACAAACUGUCCUUCGAUCCGUUUCCCGGACGAAAGGGGCUGGUAGAGCGGACUCCGCUAAUCAGGCACUCAGGACCCAAGCAAACACAGGAAGAGUUACAACGAUUACAGAAUGCAGAACGCUCCUCGAGUAAUUCGGAGAAUCAGGCAUUCCUGAAAGAUUUGGUCAACCAAGUACUCGCAGGCGAGGGCGUUGGAUGGCUAAAAUUGAAUCGCUUGAAGAAAUUGAUGGAAGAUGAAUCUUACCGUACGUUGGUGCUUGGCAAAUUGAAUAAAACGCUGGACCGAAAGAUAGGGCCCGAUGAUCAUAUAGACGACGUGUGUAUUACGAAACCCGUUUAUAAGGGGACGCUGAAGUGUUUGCUGGCGAUCACUCACGGACUUGAGAAUACCGUCUCAAAUUUCGGUCUUGGCGGAAUGGCAUCCGUAUUUCAGAUGAUGGAAAUUGCUCACACUCACUAUUGGAGUAAAGAUUUGACGGAUAAUACGACCGAUAUAUCCCAAAGUUUGUUCUCUAGUCGGUCUGUCAGCCCAAUGGGAAGUCGGGAAAAUCUUCGAUCGCCACAAAGUCCUGCAGAACCGGCUGAGUGGAGCUCCACGGUAGGCUCCCGCAAAAACUCCUCCGUUCUGAAUGAACCUGUGAUAUCGCGUCGACCAUCCGAAAAUGACAACGAGAACCAAUCGACUACAGAGAUAUUCAAGGAUAUGCUGUCCCUGAAGCGCAAUAUUCUACUCAACAAGCUGACGUCUUUCGAUUCAGAGCCUGGUGGCGGAGUUCACGGAUCAUCCGGAGCACUGUCGGUAGCCAGUGAUGUGCUGCCACAGCAUCAGUCCGGGGGUUCGUUGAUACCAUCGAUCUCUUGCCGAUCGACUGUGUCCGAUACGGAAUAUGAGAAACAUCCGAAGGGUUCCUCAACUUUCAAAGAUGCUAAAAAGAUGGCCGGAGGGCUGUUUUCGGGAAAGUCAUCGUUGAGUGCAGGUUUCCGCUAUACUGGUGGCAAUCUGAUUCCAACGUCAAACUCACCAUCUCCCGAUGCGCCGCGGGUGUACUUGUUCGAAGGUUUGCUUGGCCGGGAGCGAUCUAACGUGUGGGAUCAAAUGCAGUUUUGGGAAGACGCAUUCCUGGAUGCAGUUAGCCAGGAACGGGACAUGAUCGGUAUGGAUCAGGGUCCCGGAGAAAUGAUGGAACGAUAUAAAUCUCUCUCGGAUUCCGAGCGUAAACGGUUAGAGCACGACGAGGACCGGCUACUGUCCACAAUGCUGUACAACUUGACGGCCAUUUUAGUCAUGUUGAACUGCAACAAAGUGGAGAUUAAACGGAAGAUCCGACGGCUUCUAGGCAAAAGUCACAUCGGGUUUAUCUACGCACAGGAGGUGAAUCUAUUGCUGGAACAGAUCAAUAAUCUGCACGGUAAUGAUAUCGAUCUGAAACCACUUGGAUCUCGCCUGUUGCACCGACAAAGUUUCACUGUUCAUCAAGGGGUGGAUGCAACUGGCCAGUUGCGCUUCAUGGAAGUACGCGAUGACGGUUUGGUUUUACGGUCGGUCAACGGAACCAUUGUCGAACGUUGGUGGUUCGAGCGGUUAGUCAAUAUGACCUAUUCGCCGAAAACACGAGUAUUGUGUCUUUGGCGUAGAAAUGGUGGCCAAACACAGCUGUAUAAAUACUACACCAGGAAGUGCAAGGAACUUUAUACCGCUAUCAAAGAGGCAAUGGAACGAGGCGGUUGUACUGGUCAAGGCCCUGAACUAGGGGGUGAGUUCCCUGUGCAGGAUUUGAACACAGGAGAGGGUGGACUGAUGCAGAUCUGUUUGGAAGGUGUAGGAUUGUUGUUUGCUAACAGCAAGGACUUCGAGUUUUUCAUCCGUCUGGAGCAUAUUAAGAAGUGUUUUACUCAAAAGGGUGGAGUCUUCAUACUGGAAGAGUACAAUCCAAAGACGCGUCAACUGAUCCAGAGGAAAUUUAUGUCGAAUCUGGCCGACGACAUAUGCUAUUCGGUGCUGUGCGUCUUCUCAUACGUUGCCGCCGGUCAAGAAUGGCAGAAGAAAUACCCAGCAAUCGCCACAUCCGGUCCAACGGGUCCGAGCGCGCAACAGGUGUCGACCGGAACGAUAGCAGCUGCCAGUCACCAACAACAACAAGUAUCUCACCAACCGCCUCCAGUAGCUAAGCUUGCUACACAACCUGUCCAACCACCGACACAAAGCAAUCAGCGGGUACAGCAAACGCAUCUCCCACCGCAAAACUCACCCAAACUCCAAACAAUCAUCAGCAAACAGGUUCCUUCUCAACAACAGCAACAACAACAACAACCACAACAAUCACAACCAGUUCAACAACUGUUCCAAAAAGUAACACCACAGGCAGCCCAACAACAACAACAAAAGGUGCAAUCUGUCGAGGCGCCUCCAGUGAGUCCAGCUCCUCAAUUGAAAAAUCCACCGUCCCUUCCUGCCCGACCGGUCCUAGCUGCAUCGACAUCGUCAGCAGGGACUUCUCCUAACUCUUCCUCCAGCUCAUCAGAACCACCGAAGAUGAAAGCCCCCGUACUUCCCUCCUCUUCAGGCGGUCGUCUGCCACAACAAACAUCCCUUCCGAAUCGAGGCCCUCCUCCGGCGAUCCCCCCGCGGAUCGGCCUCGGUCAGCGUUCUGGAUCGGUUCAAAUUCCUUCCAGUUCGAUGGCUAGUGGCCCAUUUAGACAGCUGAAACGGCAAGCCUCGGCGGCAUCACCGAAUCAAUCGCCACCAGGUGCUCAUCUUCAGCAAUCGUAUUCGCAACGGGCGGAUGCCAAAGGAACGAGCAACGAUUUUCGGAGAAAUUAAAUCGGUUCACAGUUUUUGGAUGGGGUUUCUUGUAAUGCAAGAUCGACAUAUUAGUAAGUGGGGAGUGCAAUAAAGAACAUAUUUGAUUUACGAAGAUCUUCGAUAAAAAUAACCUUUUUAUCAAUGACGACAAUAUUGAAAAUUAGUCUGAAACAAAGGUUCGAGAAAAUGGAAGUUUAGCUAGUUGGGCGUCAAGUCUGCACAAAACCUGAGACCAGACCAGCUUUUAGAAAAAAAAAAAAUAAUAUUACGUUAAACGUAGCAUAGUUUUUUAGUACUGCUAGAAGCAGGUAAAAGUUUUCUUUUGGGUUUUUUGGUGUUGUUUUUUUUCGUUCAAAUAUGAUGAAGCUAGUAAAAUAUUGAUUUGUUCUUCUUUCUGACGACUUAUAUUCUUGAUUAAUGUAUAUACCGACAUAAUAGUAAACUCCCACAUUUCUCAACGUAAACGAAGAAUACCAAAAUUGCAUCAGAAACAUUUCACGAGACACGUUCAUGUAGGGCUUCAUGUUUUUAUUCAUAUGAUUUGGUCACCCUAUCUUAGCCCAACGAAUUUGAACAAACCAUAUACAUAUAAUCCAAGAGUUAAGGCUGAAAAGUUAAUUGAAGGGGUUAAAAACCUCACCAGUAAUAUUUAAUCCUGGGUUAACAUUAUUCAUGUUCCAACAAUUAGAUAAAUUAGCUCAGAAUAACUCAAAAUUUUCCUUAACCCUUAAAUGCAUGAAACUCAUUUUUCUUUGGUACUCAUUUUUCGGUAUGGAUACGAUGUUUACCUCUUGUCGAGGCUUUAUAUCACAGAAUUCGGUAUGUUGCCAAAUGGUAACAGUAGUUUAAGGGUUAAAUUUUUUGAUUUUAGUUUUUCGCACUUAAAUUGCGUUAAAUUGCCAUCGUCUUACCAAGCUAGCUAAACUUCCAAAUCUCAUUUUAACUCCUUGGAUAGGAAUCGGAAUCUAAAAAAGCUUAGGGUGAUUUUACCCUUAAGAACAACGAAACCAUCUGACUUUCUACUGAGCUCCGCCAACUUUUUUUGGGAAGUAAUGUUAUCACAGAGUUCAGCAACUGUAAACCAUUUAGUUUCUCAGAGAUUUAGGUGCUCACAAAAGCUAACCCACUUGUCGCGAAGUGUAGCAUUCUGCGUGAUCUGGAACAUAAUCUAGCCGUUCCAAAAAUUGCAGCACUAUAACCAGCUCCUAUCGUAAGAGCUUAACUCUUAGAAAUAUCACCCGAAUGCCACCAAGCAUCUAAAUUCUAGAGCAUCAACAUAAGCGGUUAGGUACAUGGAAUGUUCGAUAUCAAGUUACCAAAAACAAAAAUACAAACUAUAGACACACGUAUCAAUCACCUAUUAAAUAUAUUUAGCUAGAAGAACCAAUAAAUCAAUACAAAUGUAAGUUUGAAGAUUGUACCCCUUUGCAGUUGAUGUGCGUUUAAACGCAAUGAACAUCUCCAUAUGUAUAAAUGUUAGCGUACUAGAAUUUAAAAUUUCUAUGUUUUCAGUCCGUCGCAGCAUACUUUAGAGAAAAAAAAAUAUUUUCACUGAAUCUAUGGAGCAGUUAAGAGUGUAUAUCCCUCGUUGACCAAAGCUGUAAGUUUUUCGCUGUGUAUGUAAGUACAGUUAGUAUAGCAAUAUGUUCACGGUAACAUCUAAAAAUUGAGGCUAAUUUACUGUCUAUGGAAGAUGCUUUAAUGAUAGAAUAAGUUCGGUAAUUGUUGUUUUAACAACUUUCAAGAGAAAACUGAUGCUUUAAUUAAGGGAGCAUGUGCAAAAUUAAGUAUGAAGACAUUUCACUUGAAGAAUUGUUAACAGAAAAGACAAGCGCAAGCAAAACUAGGAACGAAAUGAAUGAAUAGUAACAGCGGAAAUAUGUCUUUGUCUUAUUUUGUAAAAAUAUCACAUCAUGUUUAUUUUGUAGAUUUUUAGCUCGUUAUCUUAAUGGAGCAACAAAGAAAAUUCACAACUUUCUCUAGUCACUCAAGAAUCGGAAUCUGAGCCGUGCCCGAGAGUAUGUUCAAUGGUAGAAUUUUGUCACCAAGAAGAGUAAAAUCAAUAAAGUUAUCCUGUCAAA